AUGAGGCCGCCCAACCAACUCGUCUCCAUGCUCUGCAUGGCCGGGGCAGCCUGUGCCGCAGCCUCAAAUUCCACAUCUAAACUUCUACCAGACUUCGCCCCGGUCAGCCUAAUCGAUCGCUUCGCCAACUGCUCCGAUUCUCCUGCGGGCCCCGCUAUGUUGGGCGCUGCGCAUUCCCAAUUUGACACCAUCCUCAGCACCAGAGAAAUUGAGUCGGCGAUUUACGGCUUGAAAGAUCACUUCAACGUCACGUUGACGGCCGCCCCGUACAAAAGCGUCAUGGGCUUUACCACGGUGGUCAUCAGUAUCCCCCCGACGCAUGGUCGAAAGAAUGAUUUGAAUGACACGCAAAAGAAGGAGAACAAGACUUCUCAAUUGGAUCCCAAUCGCCCGCGCGGUGUUCUUCUCACCUCCGGUUUCCAGGGCCGCGAGCGCGGCGGCCCAGACAGUCUCGUAUACUUCCUUUCGGACCUGCUUCACGCCCACAAGAGCAAGAAGGGGUUGACCUACGGCCGCGUAAGAUUCUCCCACGAACAGGUCCAAAUCGUCGUCAGAGAGGGCCUCACCGCCAUCCCAAUGGUGAACCCGGACGGUAUCGUCUGGGACCAGAGACACAACAACUGCUGGGGCAACAACCGCAACGGCCUAGGCGUCAAUGUUGACCGAAACUUUGACAUCGUCUGGGACUACAAGCGCUACUUCUCCAAGGAUGCCAUGGAAGUCGCAUCUGACAUGCCAAGCCACGAGCUCUACCACGGAACAGAACCCUUCUCCGAAGCAGAGUCGCGCAACGUCAGAUGGGUCAUCGAAAACAACCCCGAAAUCGGCUACUUUGUCAACGCCGGCCCGCAGUCUCCCCCCGGCGUCGAGGGCCGAUGGGAUAUUGACACCACGAAGAGCGGUAAUCCAUCCAUGAACUGGCGGAACAAACUCUACGACGGCAAGCGCGGCUUGCUCCGUGGCGAUGAAGGCAGUUACGGCGAGUACAUGGUCCCAGAAGACCACAGACACGUGUUCGAGCGAAAGCACGAUAUUGAGGGACAGAUGAUGGCCGUGUCCGGAAGACAGUUCCAUAUGAUUAGCGUGAAGAAUCCGCUUCUGAGUCUGGCCAAGAUGCUGAGGCUGGAGCUGAGCGCGUCCGGAACGGCCACGGACUGGGCGUACAGCCGCCACAUCGUCAACACAACGGCUACCAAAAUAUUCUCCUUCAGGAUCAAGUUCGGUCGGACGAGGGCCGAAGCCGGGGCCAUCGCCCGGAAGGGUGGUUGUCCUUUCUACCCGACCAGCGAGCAGUAUAGGAGUAGUCUUGCUGAGGCUGCUGCCGGUUACAUGAGGUUUCUGUUGUCGGCGGCGGACAAAACGAAGGAUUAG